GUAGUCCUUGAUUUGUAUCGCAUACAAGUGCAUAGUUGCGGGAGUUUCAGUGCCUAGUUCAGCCCAAAAUGGCCAAAAUUUGGCCACACCUGGCCUAUGCCUUGGCAUUGUGGUUGCUAAUCAACAAAGCAGCUGCCGAUGAUGAGCCUUACAAUGCACCACCGCCCUACUACCAGGAGAAACCACCUCCUUAUUAUUAUAAACCGCCGAAUUUUCCUCCGUACAUGUACAUGUCACCUCCACCUCCUCCAUAUAAGUAUGAGUCACCACCUCCACCUCCAUAUGUAUACAAGUCGCCUCCUCCACCUCCAUAUAUUUACAAGUCACCUCCUCCACCUCCAUAUAUUUACAAGUCACCACCACCACCUCCAUAUAAGUAUGAGUCACCUCCACCUCCAUAUGUGUACAAUUCACCACCACCUCCUCCAUACAAGUAUGAGUCACCUCCACCUCCUCCAUAUGUGUACAAUUCACCACCACCUCCUCCAUACAUGUAUAAGUCGCCACCACCUCCUCCGUAUGUAUACAAAUCACCUCCUCCUCCUCCAUAUGUGUACAAGUCACCACCACCACCUCCAUACAUUUAUAAGUCACCACCUCCUCCUCCUAUGAGUACAAAUCACCCACCACCACUCCAUACAUAUAAGUCACCACCUCCUCCUCCAUAUGGUACAAUCACCACCACCCCUCCAUACAUUAAUAAGUCACCACCUCCUCCUCCAUAUGAGUACAAGUCACCACCACCACCUCCAUACAUUUAUAAGUCACCUCCUCCUCCAUAUGAGUACAAAUCACCACCACCUCCUCCAUACAAGUACGAAUCGCCACACCACCCUCCACCAUAUGUGUAUAAAUCACCUCCUCCUCCUCCAUACAUUUACAAGUCACCUCCACCUCCACCAUACAUGUACAAGUCACCACCUCCUCCUCCAUAUGUGUACACGUCACCUCCUCCUCCACCAUACAUGUACAAGUCACCACCUCCUCCUCCAUAUGUGUACACGUCACCUCCUCCUCCACCAUACAUGUACAAGUCACCACCACCACCAUAUUACAAGUAACCUUCAUUCUCCUCUUCCGGGUCAAAAGAUCACCAUCUCCUAUAUCUGAUUCGCCUCCACCACCAUUACUCUCACCCGCGCCUUAAACUUUCAAGUCUCCUCUCCCACCAUCUCUGUUCCCUCCAACUCCAUAUUACUACAAAAUCUUCACUAUCUUCUUUUCCAUCUCCUCCCCCUCAUUAUUAUAAAUCACCACCUUACCAAGUCAAUCACUACUUCUUCUCAGUUGAAGGAAGUCUAAUUAUUUAAUAAUACAAAAGCAUUUUCCUUACAUGGCUUGCAGUUGCAUUAUUAUUUCCUCUAUCUUUAAGGGGAUUUAUCUACUUGUUGUUGAAGUAAUAAGAGAAAGGAUUAUUGCUACAAGAAGUCAUCAGAUGGUUUCUUGGAUGCUUGUGAUUACUCCGACUCAUGCCCUUAUCGAGGCUAGAGCGUUUGCUAUAUUCUCAAAAAUAUUUAAUUUGCUUUUAUGAUUUAAAUGUUGUUUUCUUGCAUCUGUUUGUGGUUAUGUGUGCUUAUAAAGAUUCAAAAUAAUGUAGUUUGAAGUUUCAAUUAUCAUAAGAAAUUCUCUCUAUCUCUUAAAUUUCCCUCUUGGCUCAA